AGCCGGCGCGGGUAUCGGUCAAACGGAACCAAACCACACCACGCGCGUCCGGACGAAAGCGAGCGGACACGCACCGGGCACCGGCGCGCCACGCUAUCCGUUCCGCCCCCGCUCUCGGCGCGACCGGACCGGCACGAACCGGCCGCCCGUGCCUGUGGCCCUGUGCUGCGCUGCCCUAUAUAUGCGCGCGCCACCCCGCCGGGGCUCCAAAGGCCAACGACCAGAGCCGCACUCACAGGGACCAACCACUGCCAGAGCAGAGCGUCUUCGUGCCGUUUGAGCGACGGCGCAGGUCGGGAGACGAGCGGCGGAAGAGGGGAAAGGCCGCCGGGGUUGAGCUCGUUGGUUGCCGAGAUGAGCUGCAGGAUGAUGGGCGAGGAGGAGGAGGAGGCGUUCGAGGCGUCGUCCUGCGCCUCCUCCGGCGGCGAGUCGGGCGACGAGGGGGACCGGUUCCCGGACAGCGCGGGCGGCCGCCGCCAGUCCGCGCCGCCGCAGGCGCCGCUGAGGCGGAUGAACUCGGACAGCAUCUACGACAUGUCCGGCAUGACGGCGCACCUCCCCGCCAAGAAGGGGCUGUCGGCGUACUACCAGGGCAAGUCGCAGUCGUUCGCGUGCAUGGCGGAGGUGCGGUGCCUGGAGGACCUGCAGAAGAAGGAGAAGCCGCGCGGGCGCGGGCACAAGAUGAAGCCCUGCAAGAGCUACGCCGCGCUGGGAGGCAUGGCCAUGGCCAGGAAGCCGCCGGGCUCCUCCUGCGCCAACCUCGGCCUCAUGGACGCCGGCAGCGGCUUCAUGAACAUCCCCGUCAACGAGGACUGCUACCGCCAGUAGGUUCAGGGUUUAUUUCUCGGUUCAUCAGGCCUCUUAAAAUGCUCUUCUUCUCCAUGUCCUUGUCCUUGUUGCUUGUUUGCAGGCGCAUUAGUCUGCGAAUGAUUCAUGAGAGCAACUUCUGUGUGAGACAGUUGAUAUCUUGUGAUGUAAAUAUGGAGUUUGUAACUGUGUACUGCGAAUAGGGGAGCAGAUCAGGCUGUGUUUCA